AUGUUCAAGAGUGUUUACCAGAAAAGGCAAGAAAACGGAGAAGAGCACCUGGAAACGUUCGAAAGCAAAGGAAGAAAGGGGAAAUAUACGUCGGGUGGGAAAAAAGAAAUAAAAUCUAGGAAAUCUGGAAUAACUGCUUCAGAUGAAGAAGGAAAUAAAGACUACAAACAAAAUGAAAUGGAUACUCGUCAAACUAUAAACAAGACUGGAGAAUGUAAAGAUGUUGAACUUUUACUACAUGAACAAACUGAAAUUUCAGAAAAACAAGAAACAAAAUCAUUACACACAGCUAAAGAAAACGAAAUUUGUGAUCAAAAUGUAUUGAAACAAAAAGAUUUGGACUUAAUUAUAGAGUAUACUGAAGAAAAAUUUAAUAAAUUCGAUUUAAGCAAAACAAGUUUAAGAAACGACGACAGACAACAACUUGAAUGGACUAUUCAGAAAAAUAUACUGAACGAAAAGACAGGAUUUAUGCAAACAUUUAUAACUACCAGUGCCGUUAUAGAAAAACAGAAGUCUCCCGUUUUGACUGAAAAAUCAAAAUUGAGACCAAAAGUUCAUAACGAUAUUGAACGAGAAAAUAUUGAAGUUGACUAUAAUGAUAUUAACUCUGGUUCUAAGGAAAAUAUUGAGUAUUUCUCAGGCAACGAAACCAUAGGCAUGGUUCAAAAACUGAAAUGUAAGAAAGAAUGA